AGAGCAUUAUAGAGGCAGGUGCUUGUUGUUUGUAUCAUGAGCAAACUAUAGCAUUAUUUGUUUACAAAUCGCUUAUCUGUAGAUAAGCGAUUUGUAGAUAACUGUAGAUAACUGUAGAGUUAAAAUCAGGCAGACGCGCGUAUUUUUAGGAGGCGGCGCUGGUUUGCGUCCCGCAGAUGAAGCUGAAGAUCAGGACAGAGGUUUUUCAUCAGACGCAAUUUAUUUCGGUCGACUAUGACGUCAAGAGAACACACGUUUCAUUCAACAAGCAAGAAACUAAGUUAUUUAUAACCCGCUGCAUCUCCAGGUUGUGAUCUUUGAGUGCGCAGUCAAAGGAAUACUCCCCAUUGGACGUGUCUCCGGAACAAAAGCCACACGGCUCAUGGUGACAGAGGUUCGGCUCAGCGAAACUAGGACGCGUCGACAGAAGCCCCCCACUGCCAAAUUAUAAGAUUAUUGUAAAGACAAACUUUGUUUUUUGAGUCUUUUUCCCCCCACCAAACCGAUAUCAUUCCUGUUUGGUGACACUUUGAACAUGGAGAAUAUCUUCUCUGACCAGGGCCUCAAGCUGUGAGUUAAUGCUGAAAAGAUCCGUGACUGGCUGGGAAAUGGCUGACAUUCUGGAGCUGCGCACAGACGGAAACUCUCUCCUGAAGGCUGUGUGGCUCAGACGCUUGAGACUCACCAGGCUACUGUUGGAAGGAGGCGCGUACAUCAAUGAGAGCAACGAACGAGGGGAGACGCCCCUUAUGGUGGCCUGCAUGUCAACACACUCAGACCCACAGAGUGUAAGCAAGUCCAAACUGGUCAAGUAUCUGUUGGACAACCAGGCAGACCCUAACAUACAGGACAAGGCAGGCCGGACAGCUCUGAUGCACGCCUGCAUCCAUAAAGCGGGUCAUGAGGUGGUGGGGCACCUGUUGAGCAAUGGGGCUGAUCCCAGUCUGGACGACAGAACCGGAGCUUCAGCUCUCGUCUACGCCAUCAAUGCUGACGAUAAGGAGACAUUAAAAUUACUCUUGGAUGCUUGUAAAGCUAAAGGGAAGGAGGUGAUUAUAAUCACUACAGACAAGUCCCCAUCUGGCACUAAAACUACCAAACAGUAUCUAAAUGUUCCUCCGUCUCCAGAGUUGGUUGAGAGGUCAUCUUCAGAAUAUUGUGCCUCUCCUUCCGAUAUUGAUGUUACUGCAUCUCCUGCAUCUGAGCAGGAGCAUCAAAACACAGUCUUCAGCUUCCAGACCAAGAUAAAGUCCUCUGGUGCAGCUGCCAAGCUCACAAACGGACCCACUUCUCCGACUCGCCGUCCGGCAAACCCCAAGCGAGCGCGUUUGCCUCAGCUGAAGCGGCUCCAAUCAGAACCCUGGGGGCUAAUUGCUCCCUCCGUCCUGGCUGCAGCCGCUGCCCAUGAGGAGAGCAAAAAGGCCAGCUCCGAUGAGGAUGCUGUUGCUGGGGUGAACGGACUAUCUCUGAGUAAAAGGUCAACGCUAUCACGACAAAACAGUGUGGACGGCAAGGAUAGCCUUCUACCCCUGGUAGGUGACCAGGCCUGCAAAAUGACGCCCUCAUUAUCAGUUCCUCCAACAUCUAAACAGUCGUACGAAAGAUCUAUGGGCCAGCACCAGACACUGGCUCGCCGCAGUACCGUGCCCACAGAGCAGGAGAGCAGCAGCUGCAACACCGGACUCAUCAGUCUGAGAGACACAAUGCACCGGAGACGUCUUGGAAAUGAUCACUAUGACUCAGACUCUCAGCUCUACUCCGACUCAGCCAUGUUAGACUCUCCUAAAGUCCCAGUGGAGCGAAGGAAGCUCAACACUUCACCACUCGCGUUGCUCACCAGUUCCAGGGAGUCUCUGGAUAGCAACGCCAACACGUCUUCUCCCAGCUCUGCACGCAGGCCUGUGCCCGGCCUCUUGGAGCGGAGAGGCUCGGGCACGCUGCUUCUGGACUACAUCUCCCACACCCGGCCUGGCCACCUACCCCCUUUGAACAUCAACCCGAACCCUCCUAUUCCUGACAUCGGGGCCAGCAACAAGCCCUCCUCGCCUCUGGCCACAGGAAUCCGAUCCAUAGCUCCAGUAGCACCAAACACACCAAAGAGAGGAGGUUUCAAGUCAAAGAAAAAGCUCGUGAGAAGGCACUCUAUGCAAGUGGAACAGAUGAAGCAGCUUUCAGAUUUCGAAGAGCUUGCUCAUUAGAUGGCGCUAUUGCAGCAAAUAGUGUGGGAGUACAAGCGUAAAUCAUCUGUCAGGAAGCAUAUCCAGUGCUUCGUCUGCCAUGUAGAAGCUGAAGGAUGCGUCCUGAAGAAUUUAAACUGAGCAAUAUAGAUAUAUCUCUUCCCUGUGUGACAACCAUGAGAAUUAUCUUUGUACCUUCCACCUCCUGUAUAUCUAGUACACUUCUGAAUGUAGAUGCCAAGCCUUGGUACGUUUCCUCCAGACUAGCUCUUUUUACAAAACCAUUUAGUGCGUAGGGAAACAUACAGGGUCCAUCUGUAGCCAUCAGGCCACUUGAGUGCAUUUUGUGCACAUGUAAUUAGCACCAUUUCUGGAGAAAAAAACAAAAAAAAGAAUGGUGCCUUUGUUUGAGAUGUAGCUUCGAGUGAAAAGAAACGUGACUGUUUGUAGCAACUGUGUACAAAGUGCCUUCAAGAUAAAGAACACACACAAAGUAAAACAGAUUUAUUUGUCAAAUGAUUUUAUUUAUGUUGAUGUAAUCAACAUGCGUUUUAUUUUAACAUUUUGAUCCCUUAUGAAACAAGAUAAUAACAUAUUUAUGAAUAAACAUAAAGCCUUAAUAUUAGGUCAAAGAACAAGCUAUGAUGUGUUACUAUUGCCCAGGAGAAAGACAAUAACAGCGUUAUCAUUAGCGGUGUUAGAAAAGCUCGUCAAAGCACACUUAAUCCUUAUAGGUUUAUUCCAAACAAUGGUGAAUGUCAUGUGAGCCCAAGCUCAACGUAGACAUUUGUUGAUUAAAAAUGUCAUUUCACGCUAAUCGCAAACCUAAGAUCGUACAGCUUCCAUGUGACUUCUGUGAUUUGUUAAGAAGGAAACAUAGUUUUAUCCAUAGUAUUUUUGCAAGUAGUUUGUUGUACAUUUGAAAUAAAUGUUUAUCACUUGUG